AUGGAAAACGCUUUAACCACCGUUCUUCAUGCUCAACGUGAACAGCGGGAUGUUCAGGGAAAUCAACAACAGCGUCAAGAGAGGCCUCGCAACGCCCAGGUUGAUGUUUCUGAUGAUGAAGAGCUCGCCGAAAACCUAUUCGCUGCUCAGGGUCACGAUCAACGCGAUCGCCGUGGUCAACACCAAGACGCUCGCCAUGAUGACCAUGAUCAACGACUACAUGAACGGUGGGAAACGGGUUUUCGUUCUGAAAUCCCAGAAUUCUUGGGAACUUUAAACCCCGAGGAUUUUAUUGAUUGUACUCAUAUGGUAGAAGAGAUCUUAGAGUUCAAACAAAAUCUGCGCCAGGGAGACCGCUCGGUUGACGAAUAUGCAACAGACUUCUUUCACUUCGCAUCACGCAUACCGGCACCGGAAUCAGAAUCUCAAAUGAUUUCGAGAUUCAUUGGAGGGUUAAGAACUCAGCUACAGAACACACUGCAACAAUUCAAUCCCUCUUCGGUCUCAGAAGCUCACCAACGUGCAGCAGCCAUGGAAGUUCAGCUUCGCACUUCAUGGUCGUUGGGCUCCCCUAGACCGCGUGGCCAACAGGCUUCGUCAAGCGAAGCGACACCCAGUGCUGAUAAACAGAAUGUACGUCCGGACGAUACCAAAGCAUGGAACAUGACGGACUCAAUCGCGGCUUCUCGCCCAGCGAGACCUAAUGCAUUACGAUGCUUCACGUGUGGCGAAAGAGGACACAUACAAACGGCAUGUCCAAAUAAGACGCGUAGAGGCUUGGUGGCGCAUUAUACUGACGAGACUGGUCCACAAUAUAAUGAUUACGAAUCAGAUCAUGACGAACAGGGUGAUAUGAUACAAGGCGAUACUGGUGUCUGUUUGGUUCUCCACCGCAGCUGCCUACAACCUCAAACAUCAAAUGAUUCGUGGCUUUGCUCUAACCUGUUUCGUACUACUUGCACGAUUCAAGGAAAGGUUUGCAAGCUGAUCAUUGAUUCAGGGAGCAGCUCCAACUUGAUCACACAAGAGGCUGUGCGUAAACUCGGCUUCAAAACAACUCCUCACCCGUCGCCUUACAAGCUAGCUUGGUUGAACGCUAGCACUGAUCUCUUCGUCUCAAAACAAACUUUGGGGAGACCGUGGCAAUACGACAGAUAUGCAACUCAUCAUGGUCGCAAUAACACUCAUAUGUUUGUAUACGGCGAUCGCACCGUUACCUUGCUACCCUCAAAGGAACUAGGUGACAAAGUGGAGCCAGUACUACACAACGAUCAGAAACAUCACACUCAAUCUCUCAUCACCUUACCUAAGGCCGCAUUUGAAGCAGAGCUCGUGUCGUCACCAACUAUCUUGGCGAUCGUCGCGGUCCCAUGCAUGGCGGCAUCAACAAAUACAGUCCCUGCACCAUUUACGGAUCUACUUACCGAGUUUCAAGAUAUGUUUCCGGACGAGUUUCCACAAGAGUUACCACCAUUACGCGAUAUUCAACACCACAUAGACUUGGUUCCUAAUUCAGUCUUACCGAACCGGCCACACUACCAUAUGAGCCCUCAAGAGCAUGAUGAACUUAGACGGCAAGUAGGGGAUUUGCUUGCUAAAGGUCUUAUACGAGAAAGCCUGAGUCGAACCACAGUGCCUGCUCUCCUAAUUCCCAAAAAGGACGGCUCAUGGCGAAUGUGUGUCGACAGUCGAGCAAUUAACAAAAUCACAGUGAGAUAUCGUUUUCCUAUACCUCGUCUUGAUGAUUUGCUUGAUCAAAUAGGACAUGCGGUAAUUUUCACCAAACUAGACUUGAAGAGUGGCUAUCAUCAAAUAUGCAUCCGACCUGGCGAUGAAUAG